GUUACGUUGACUGGAACCCGAGCUUUAAGGUUGGCAUCAGCUACGAAAUCCUCGUUCGCAAGUGCGCUCUUGCGUAUAUUUCAUUGACACUGACCCGGCAACUAGCACUAGCUGUACAGGAUGUUGCCCCUCGGCCUCUUGAACGCGGCGCAAGGCCAUCCUAUGCUGGUGGAACUCAAGAAUGGAGAGACGCUCAACGGGCAUCUGAUACAAUGCGACACAUGGAUGAAUUUGACAUUAAAGGAGGUCGUUCAAUCGAAUCCGGAAGCGGAUAAGUUCGUCCGUCUGCCCGAAGUCUACGUCAAAGGCAACAACAUCAAAUAUCUAAGAGUGCCCGACGAUAUCAUCGACCAAGUGAAAGACCAGCAACAUGGACAGCAAGGCAACUUCAGAGGCGGACGCGGUGGCCAGCGUGGAGACCACAGUGGACGGGGAGACAGAGGUGGUCGUGGACGUGGCCAGGGCAGGGGAAGAGGCCGAGGCCGCGGUGCAUGAGUAGAGAAUGAAGAUGGGGUUGUGGACUUUCGAACGACAUAUUCGGCAUGAGGCAUCACUGAGAUAAAGAGAAGAUACCCAAGGAUAUCCAGCUUGGCUAGGACUUGGAGGUGUGUUGGAGUCCCAAACACAGACCCGGGACACCAGACCGGGAGAGGUUUGGUCCUUGCAGUCGGCAGCUGUGGCAACAGCUCCCACAGGAGGAGAAGCCAGCGAAGAAGGGGAUAGCCUACAUAAAUAAUCUGACUCUACGAAUUUCCGCAC